GAAGACGUUUCUGCUCGGGCUGGCUGGCGACCUUAGUUUCUGUAAUGUUCUGACUCUACCGUGCCUUAACUAUGGCCCAGCGGGCUGUGUGGCUCAUACGUCACGAACCAGGAACUCCACUUGGUGGCUCAGUCAGAUUCUCCAGGCGGUAUCCUACUGUUGAAAAGCGAGCCAAAGUCCUCAAUGGAAUGAAUUAUGUUCCUGUACCUGAAGAUGGUCCCUUUCUUAAAGCAUUACUCUUCCAACUCAGGCUAUUGGAUGAUGAUAAGGACUUUGUGGAGAGGCGUGAUGGCUGUUCCCACAUCAACAAAACAUCUAUCUAUGGGCUGUCAGUAGGAGGUGAAGAACUCUGGCCAGUCGUUGCUUUUCUGAGGAAUGACAUGAUCUAUGCAAGUGUCCCACUGGUUGAACAAGCUCUCUCGCCUCGCCCACCUUUAAUUAGUAUUAGUGGAGUUUCACAAGGCUUGGAGCUGCUUUUUGGGAUUCAGGAUUUUCUUUACUCAAGUCAGAAAAAUGACACUGAUUUAAACACAAAAGUGAGUCAGUUGCCUGACUUGCUUCUACAGGCUUGUCCACUGGGUACUUUAUUGGAUGCUAACUUGCAGAAUUCACUGAACAGCAUUAAUCUUGCAUGUGUGACUCAGCCACAAAAACAGCCAGCCUGGAAAGUUGGAACAUACAAAGGAAAAGCACAGAUUUCUAUUUCUAUCACUGAGAAAGUAAAAUGCAUGCAAUAUGGUAAACAGGAGAUAGCAGACACAUGGCAAGUUGUUGGAACAGUCACUUGCAAGUGUGAUUUGGAAGGACUCAUGCCAAAUGUCACGGUCAGCUUGAAUCUCCCCACCAACGGAUCUCCACUUCAAGACAUUAUUGUUCAUCCCUGUGUGACAUCCCUUGAUUCUGCCAUUCUGACUUCUAGUAGCAUUGACACAGUGGAUGAUUCCGCAUUUAGUGGGCCUUAUAAAUUCCCAUUCACUCCGCCUUUAGAGUCAUUCAACUUAUGCCACUACACUUCUCAGGUCCCUGUCCCACCAAUAUUGGGUUCUUAUCACAUGCAAGAAGAAGAAGUACAACUAAAAAUAACAGUUAAUUUAAAACUACAUGAAAGUGUAAAAAAUAAUUUUGAAAUCUGUGAAGCUCAUAUACCUUUUUACAACAGAGGUCCAAUUACCCAUUUGGAAUACAAAGCUAGUUUUGGUCAACUUGAAGUAUUUCGAGAGAAAAGCUUAUUGGUCUGGAUUAUUGGCCAAAAGUUUCCUAAAUCAAUGGAAAUUAGUCUUUCUGGAGCACUCACUUUUGGAGUCAAGGGCCAUGACAAGCAGCCAUUUGACCACAUUUGCAUUGGAAACACAGCACACGUAAAGCUUCAUUUUAGGAUCGCAGAUUAUACACUCACCGGAUGUUAUGCAGAUCAGCAUUCAGUUCAAGUUUUUGCAUCAGGAAAACCAAAAAUAAGUGCAUAUCGGAAACUAAUUUCUUCUGAUUAUUACAUCUGGAAUUCUAAAGCACCUGCCCCAGUAACAUAUGCAUCAUUGUUACCAUAAUUUCCUCAUAUUCAAUUGGGAUUUAUAUGAUGGUAGCAUUCUGUAGGAGAGCCCUAGAGUUCUUAUUUGCUGCAUGUAGUCAUAUAACCAACCCAUGAUAGAGUGUGAAAGAAUAUCUUCAUGGCUAAUGUCUCCAUUGUUUGUUGUCCUCUGACUCAUGCCAGAAUGACUGAUUCAGAAUAUAUAUUCAUUUUAGCUUAAGACCAGUCUUGGGUCUCCCAGCCACAUGUGCUCUCCCUAUGGCAAGACAGUGCGAACCAGGCAGAGCCACUUCCUUGAGUAAAAGCUCAGCCUUCUCCUAGUGCAGUUUUUCAGCAGCUGUCCUGUGGGUUGUAGUUGAUUUACAAAGAAACUAUGUGCUUAUCCAAACCUCCGUAUGAACAGCAUGCUAUGACAGAACACCCAUGAUCUAGUUAAAAUCACCACACAUCCUUUCUUUCAAAGUAACAGUGGAAAUCACAGGAUAAUGUUCAAAUAGUCACCCUCUCUUCAUCACGUCUCUCCUGCUGGCCAAUAAAGAACC